CCGCUCAACCUGAACCACUACGCCACCAAGAAGAGCGUGGCGGAGAGCAUGCUGGACGUGGCGCUGUUCAUGUCCAACGCCGCGCGGCUCAAGGCCGUGCUGGAGCAGGGCCCGGCCUCCGCGCACUACGCCGCGCUGCUGGCGCUCCUCGCCGCCUCCCUGCUGCUGCAGCUGGCGAUCGGCGUCCUGCUGGCCGUCAUCGCCCGGCUGAACCUGAACGAGGUCGGCAACCAGUGGCGCUUGAACCAGCUCAACAAUGCCGCCACCACCCUGGUCUUCAUCACCGUGGUGGUCAACAUCUUCAUCACCGCCUUCGGGGCCCACAAGACGGGCUUCCAGGCCGCCAGGGCGUCGCGGGCCCCCGCCUGA